AUGUUGUUCUCCACGCUGCUGAUUCUCGCCGGUUGGGGUUUGUUCGCUUCUGUGUCGGGGUCUCCCGCGGUGGAGGAGGCGUACGAGGCUGUGCUCAGCGUCGUGGCUCCUGGACAGCAGCAUCUGACUGAGGACUCGCUCGGCUCCCUCUUUAAUACACUGGAGAACCGUGUGCAGUGCGGUGCAGUGCCGUGUGAAAAGUGUAUUCUAUCAGAUGCCGUCCAUCAGUUGAUCAGCAAUCCCUCCACUCACGCAGAGGAUGAAACUGGAAAAAGCAGAAAAAAUGUAACGGUCAGUGUGUCUCAGUUCACUGCUCUGGCUGCUGGGUGCGUCCUGUACCUCUCAUCUCCUGGCCUGGUCUGCACCGCGGUGAGGGAGGGGAGAUGGGGAGAGGAGGCCCAACAUUUCCUACAUGAAAUCACACAUCAGGAACCGCAUCAUGACCAUAAGCAUGAACACGAGCACAUAGACAUUCAUGCUUUAGAAGAGCUGCUUCAAAAGCUUCAUGACCACUAUGAGCCCUCACACAGAGAGAGCUGUGUAACGGCCAUGGACAUCAUGACAGAGGUGAACGCACCGUCACCGGACCAGGGACAAGAAGCGGGUGCAGUUUUGGGCCGCGUGCUGUAUCACGCCCUGCAAGGUCACUGCUUCAUUAGCCGGACUCUGCCUGAGGAGAGCUUCUUCCUGGACUACAUCAUGGAGCGUCUGGGGUCGGAGAACUUCACUGUCGGGGAUCUGGAGGCUCUCAUGAGAAGUCUGAACAUCGGACCCAGCCACGAACACGAUCACGGACACGAACACCAUGAAGACGAGCACGCUGAUCACGAUCAUAGCGGUUUGCGAUGGAGGAAGAGGAGCAGCCACAAACAUUCCGCGGGGCAUGAAAGUAACAGCACCUGGGAUCAGUUGUGUUUCUCGGCUAAAGAGCUGGUCCUGAUCUACGGUCUGCCAGACAACAGCUCUGUCUCCGCUGGCCUGGGUCGGACCCACUUGGCUCGGCUCAGCCCUGCACUGGUCCAGCAGAUCUUGAGCGGAGCGUGUGCAGAAAUCCCGGAACCUGCAACACCAGACAGCCUCACCAAGACCGAGAGAUACAUUUAUGCAACCAUUGCCAAUGUGGUGAUAACACUGACGUCCAUGUUUGGCAUCGUGUUGCUGCUGUGCACCUCCUGCACCGGUGUGUUCCAGUUCUGUAUCCAGUUUUGCAUCAGCAUGGCUGUAGGUUCACUGACUGGAGAUGCUUUGCUGCACCUGCUGCCCAUGUUUUUAGGUUUACAUGUGCACUCAGACAACACAAAGCACUCACAUGACGCUCACCAUGAAGAAAGUCUGGACUAUGUAUAUAAGAUGCUGGUCGUGUUGGGUGGGAUCUACUACUUUUAUCUGAUGGAAACGAUCUUCUCUCUGAUCGCAUAUAAAGACAACCAUCACCAUCACCACCAUCAACAUCAUCAUGCGGAAGAAUCAGAGCCUCACCACUGUGACCAUGGGAGGGUUUUAGAGAUGUAUCAACAGGAGAGGAAACAAAAAGACGCAAAGUCACAGUCAGCAUCAAAAGUAGACCUGGUUGGCCACGAUGAGAACGAGAAAUCACCUUCAGAGCCCAAAGAGCGCACCAGAGAGCAGCGUCUGCUGCCUUACAUGAUCACCAUCGGUGACGGCAUCCACAACUUUGCAGACGGCUUAGCGAUGGGCGCAGCUUUCUCUAUGUCAUGGAAGUCUGGACUGGCCACAUCAAUAGCUGUGCUCUGCCAUGAACUACCACAUGAGCUGGGCGAUUUUGCCAUCCUGCUCCACAGCGGUGUGUCUGUCCGCAAGGCUUUGCUCUUAAACGUUGGCAGUGCCAUGACCUCGUUCGUCGGCAUGUACAUCGCUCUGUCUGUAGCCACCGACCUCGCCACCAAACAGUGGAUCGCUGCCGUGACUGCAGGACUCUUCCUGUAUGUGGGGCUGGCUGAUAUGCUCCCCACCAUGGUCCACAUCAGCAACAAGAGACCCUGGCUCAUGUUUCUGCUGCAGAACCUCGGCCUGCUGACCGGGUGGGGGAUUCUGUUGCUGCUGUCACUUUAUGAAGAGAGAAUCCACUUUUAAAACACGGACAGUCAAGACACAUGCUCAGACACCUCAGUCUGUUGGUAUUGUCUACGCUGAUUGUUAAACUGCCAACAUUGUCCUAGCUCUCACUAACAAAAGGACAAACAACAUGUCCAAAUGACUUAAACUCCAAAAAUCCUCAAGCCCAGAUUUUUUUUAGACUUUUUUUUUUGCAUUUUUCAUGCUUUAUUACAUGCGGCAAAAGGUGCUCAAGGCGGAUUCGAACCCCGGUCUGCCGCAUCAAGGACUCAGCCUUAAUGGUACGCACUCUACCAGUGGGACGCCCCCCAGAUUUUGUUAUUUGACAAAAUUUCGAAUGUUGUUCACUAAUAUUUUGUGCAGAAAAUUGCACAGUUACCUCCCUGUGAACUUUCAAGUCAAGUCAAUUCUAAUAAUAUCGCCCAAAAUCACACUUCACAAUGUGCCUUGAGGGGAUUUACAAUCUGCACAGCACAGAACAUCCUCUGUCCUAUGAAAAGCUCUCCAAAAAUGUUUUUUGUUUUUUUUUAAAUGGAAGACACCUCAGGAAGAGAGACUCGGGAUGGACUGAUGUGCAAAUUGCAGUAUAGACAAACCAUCUGCACAGAAUGAGAACGUAAUGAGAAUGUAUGAAAAAUGUAUUCUAACAAAAUGUUUGACUUAUUUUACUUUAAUAAUGCUAAGAUUAGUUAUGGUCCCUGAGCUAUUGUCUGGCAGUAAAAGUGUUUCUUUUUUUUCAGCACUUAUAAAUGUAAAAUGAUACCAAUAAUUCAGUAUACACAUUAAAUUUACUAGUGGUUUUUGCCCUGUAAAGUUAUUUUUGCACUUUAUAUUAAGUAUCUGUUGAUGAGAAACACAAAUGAAGCUAUACAACUGAAGAUUAUUGUAUUUGCUGAAGCAUAAGAUUCGUAAGUCACAUUAACAUAAAGAUAAAUGUAUAAUUAAUAGUGUAUAAAAUGUUUUAUGUUUUUAUAUACAGUAUGGAAUAUACGGUAUUUUGUGAUCUGCCCUUUUGUUGGAAAAUUAAAACACUUUUAAAGCA